AUAAAAAAGUGUAAAUUGUAGCAAGGCAACCGAAUCGUUUCAAAAUUUUGUCCAAAAAGUGGAAAUUUACGCGAAAUGGAGCGCGAAAUAGCGCACAGUUUAGCUGGCGGCGAGGAACGAAGUAGCGAUGUGGCACCUGGACAGGUUAAGACCUUCGAGGAACUGCGUCUAUACCGAAAUCUGUUGAACGGAUUGAAGCGCAACAAUUUCGUGACGCCAACGAAGAUUCAGGCAGCUGCCAUACCCAUGGCACUGGCCAAAAUGGAUCUAAUAAUACAAUCGAAGAGUGGAACUGGCAAAACUCUAAUCUAUGUUAUAGCCGUCGUUCAGAGCUUUAAUCCCAACAUAAACCAACCGCAUGCCAUGAUCGUGGUCCCAACUCGAGAGCUGGCCAUUCAGGUGCAGGACACAUUUUUCCAUCUCUGCAAAUCGUUUCGGGACUUUAAAUGCUCUGCUUUCAUCGGUGGCACCGAUGUGGCCAAGGAUCGCAAGCGAAUGAAUGAAAGUCGAGUCAUUAUCGGUACACCGGGACGUUUGCUGCAUCUGUAUGAGAAUAGAGUAUUCGAUGUGUCCAAACUGCGACUGCUGGUGCUCGACGAGGCCGAUCAACUUUAUCAGACAAAGAGCCUGCAGCAUACGGUCAGUAAACUCAUUGAGGCAAUGCCCAAGAAUCGGCAAAUAAUUGCCUGCAGUGCCACAUACGAUCAGAAUUUGGAUGAGCGUCUGGCCAAGGUCAUGGACAAACCCAUGCUUAUAUCGAAUUCCGAAAGGGCUACCGUUCUACUGGGCAUUCGGCAGUUUGUCUACGAAUUGCCACAGCAGAAUAACAGUGUGGAGGAGAUGCGUCUUAAACUGCAGAUUCUUGGCCAGAUCUUUAAUCAGCUGCCUUACGAACAGGCCAUCAUCUUUGCUAGCUCACAAAUGCGAGCGGAUUCUUACAAGAACUAUCUUACAGCCAGUGGUAUCGAUUGUCAUUUAAUUUCGGGAGCCAUGGAACAAUCGGAGCGUUUGCAUGUUUUCGAGGGCUAUAGAAACUUUACUAUGCGCAUCCUGGUGGCCACUGAUUUGAUGGCACGCGGAGUGGACUCCCCGCAUGCCAACCUGGUUAUCAACAUUGAUCCACCACAGGAUCAUGUCACCUAUUUGCACCGCAUUGGACGAGCUGGUCGGUUUGGCUCCAAAGGCAUAGCCAUCACGUUUAUUGCCUCCAAGAAGGAGAGCCAGAGAUUUAGGGAAAUGUCAAAAAAAAUCGCUACGGCUUGGUCGGUUCUGGAGUUUCCCAAGGAGCCAAUGCCCAAUGAAUUCAAUUUUUGGGAUUUCGAAAAGUACAACUUUGAUUAUUACAUUAAGGAAGAGAAUCCGCUACAGGAAAUGCCUAUGCCUAUUAAAGAAAAUAGAAGUAAAGAAAAUGUUGAUGCUUCUUCAGUUGACUUGGAAAAUCUUCAAAAGGAUCAGGAUGGCAAAAGGAGAGAUCCAGACAAACUACCAGUGGCCUUAGAAAAUGUUGAAACCCAAAAAGAGUUGGAGCUCGAAAACUUACCAGAAAGUUCACAUAAUAAUAAGAAUCUUAGGGUCAAAGAGAAAGAAAUUGUAAGGCAAGGAAAGCUUAAAGAAACUAAUUCCAAAGCUGGAGGUUCUAAAACGAACAAGACGGAGAGAAGGAAAAAAUCUAACACUCCAUCAAAGUUACAGAAACAAAUAACUGAAGUGCAGCAAACACCAGAGAUCACCGUAAAUAAAUACUAUAUGCAAGAAGACAUACAACGAACAGCAGACGGCAAAGAGUAUCAUCCUGUUAAUGGAGCGGGAAACCACCAGGUUCCGUCAAAAUCUAAUCAAAAACCGGUGGAGUUUAUAUCUCCCGAAUUGACACCAACCCUAACACCAUUGGAACUGACCCAGGAGCCGUCUCCAACCACAGUGACACCACCUGCACCGCCAGCCAACUCGAUUAACAACAAAACCUAUUGCCUAGCUGCUCCAACGCAAACCAGUUCGAUGACCAUACAGAACAUGGUAAUAUCGAACACGGUGGACGAUGCCAGUAGCAUCAGUUCGGAUAGCAUGGUGGUAUGUGGCUAUCAUAGCGAUAGGUCCUACGACACAUACUAUGCAACCAGUGAUGAGGAGGAGAUCUGGAAUAGAUUAAUGUCGAAACAAAGGCGUCAGCUGAAGAGCAAGAGAGGCCAUGGAAAACGGCGUGUGAUACUAUACAAGAAAGUAUUUCCUAAACUAAAGGCGAAUGUUAAACGCAAGCUUAAAAAACGGAUGAGCUCGUCAUGCAGAUCCAAAAAAGCACACCAUUUGCGAAAACGUCAUGUAUACAAAAAUAUAUCACUUUUGCCACACAUGAAUUUGUGUCAUCUGCUUCAAAAAUUUACAAAUCAAGAGAGAUUUUUGAAACGGCUCCACAAAUAUGCAAAGAAUCAAUUCAUUGACAAUGCGAGGGUUGGCUUUUUGCUGGAUAAGCUCUAUAAAUCCAUCCUGGAAAUGUACUAUAACAGUGCUAAGGAGAGGAAGAAGCAUUUUAAGGAAGCUAUGAAGGAGUCCCUAAAAUCCAUUGAUAACUACGAGAGCCAAGAGUCUUCGGAAUCAGAGGAGGAGGAGGAGGAGGAGAAGGAUCUAAAGAACAAGUUAAGUGUUCAUGUGACGAAUCAGAUGGACAUACCACCAAUGCCACAGGCCGCUGUUGAAAUUGGUUCAGGAAGUGAAUCGGAUACGGAGGACUCGCAGGAAUACGGCGAAGGCGAAGAGAUCAUUGUGGACGAUGAGGACGAUGGCAGCGAUGGCGGGCCAAAUUCAUCGAGUGGUUUUGUAGAGAGUCAGGAGAGUGUUUCGUCUGGAAUAGACACUUCCGUUUACGAAACGGAAUCUACGGGCGCAUCUGGAAAUAAUUCAAGUGCAUUCUUUAUUUCGGAUGAUGAAUCAGAUACUGAAUCCUUAACAGAUUCGGAAGCUGGAAGCAAUGUCAGCGCGACAGGAUCAAGCUCACAGCGAUCUUCAGUAGCGAGCAGCACCUAUGAAUCUUCGGAUGAUGAUUCUGUAACUGUAACCAAUGUCAGUUCAAUGCAGAACGCUCAAUCAUUGUGGUUGCAGACUUUCAACAUGCAGUACCAAUUCAUUGCAUCCCAUGUGGCCAAGAAUCUACAGAACUAUUACUAAGUGGUUAUGAAUGAAAAACUAGUGAAAACUCAGGCAUUAAAAUUAAACUCAACUAAUCACUUCAUUCGGAAACAAAACGGAUCAGUUCCAAGAGAGGCUGUAUCAGUCUCUUUCCUUACAAUUGUAUAUCGUAGCCAGUUAAACCGUUUUCUUAAUUAGAAUACUCAAUGUCGAAAUAGUUGAUAGCAUGUUGGAUACCAUGAAUGUUUUUUUAUGCAAGCAAUAAAUUGCAGAAUUUGUUACCAAAAAAAUAAAUGAAUUAAAGCAGGAAACUAACUAUUUUGAAUUUAUUAAACAAUAAGUUCAUUGCUCAACUUCUUUGAUUUCAAAAUUGAUUGUUUUUCAUGUUUAUUCGCUACAUAAUCGCAUCAAACAAAUUAAUCCACAAUGUGAAAGUUAAAUCCCUUUAAUCACUCGCAAUGAUUUAUCUAAGAGAUGGGAAAACAAACAUUUUUCUUGGUUUCGGCAAGCCGGAUGGAUGAAGGUAAAGAAGCGGCGCCAACCGACUGCCGGGACAUAAAUCAUAUAGUCAGUGGGAUCGGGAUCGGCAUCGACCAUCGACCAUCGGGCAACGGGCAUCAGCUGUGUGGCAGACAACAUUGUUGCACGGGCGCCGCUCACUUUGCAACUGACUGCAGAGGUGUUAACCCAUUAAUUAGCUGUUGUCAAAAGUCGUUCACUCGAUUUUGAAAGCCACUCGAAAAUCAGAAUGGAUUGUACAAAAAUAUGACAUAUAUUUAUGUUUUAUUUAUUUAUUUAAUGCAUUUUGUGAAUUAUUUGUGCAACGAAUGCCAUGUUUGU